UCCGCAAGGGGCGAAAUUAGGCAUGACGCCGAUACUACAUCGUGUCUUUGUUUUUAGUUUUGGCUAUCUUAUCAAAAACAUCCUAUGACGUCCAUGCGAUGAUUCACAUUUGGAAUGUUAACUGAGCACUUAUAGAUAGGUUUGUUCGUUCUCAGACUAAAUUUGCAAGAUGCACCAGUGUUCAUAACUGAAAAGUGAAGAAAUGGACUCGGCCGCCCUUAACGAAGAACUGGUUUGUGCUGUUUGCCGUGACGUUUUCGUGGAGCCGGUAACACUACCUUGUGGACACAAUUAUUGCGACGAAUGUGUCAAUCAACUGAAAAAGUCAGCUUUAGGAACCACAGCAAGAAGCAGAUCCCACUAUACAUGCCCGCUCUGUCUAGCGCCCUGUGAAACCGGGAUUGAGCUGAAGAGGAAUGUUGUGCUGCACAAUAUCAUUGAAAAGGUCUACCAGCAGCAGCUCCAGUCUGGGGCGAGCGUGUUCUGUAGCGUCUGUAAAGGUCAGCAGAGAGCCCCGGCCGAGAAGACGUGUGUCAGCUGUGGAGAGUCCUACUGCUCUUUGCAUAUAAUGCCCCAUUUGGAAAACAAGUUUUUCCAUCAGCAUGUGCUUGUGAGCCCCACCGCAGAAACAAACAGGCUUUGCAGAGACCAUGGCAAAGAACUGGAGCUUUACUGUAAAACUGACUCGACCCCGUUAUGUGUUUAUUGCAUGCUGCCCUCUGAGACUAAACACCUGGCUGGCCAUGACGUUGUCAAGCUGGCAGAGGCGAGACACAUUGUAAAAGAGGAAUGUUUUGCCAAACUUGGCAAUAUAAAAGAAAAUCUUUCACAGGUCCAAGGAAGUCUGCAGAAAUUGGAUGAAACUGCUUCAUGUUCAAAGGAUGCUCUUGAAAAGCAACAGCAAGGAUACAUAGGCUUCUUGAAAAAAGUCAAGCUGUUCAUAGAUAUUGAGGAGAAGGCUUGGGAGAAAAGGUUUUCAGUUGCUAAGCUGCAGGAAAGUGUUUUGAUAAAACAUAAAGCAGAAAAGCUGGAACAGCUACAAACAAAGCUACAGGAAGCCAUGUCCGCUAUGCAAAAAGCCUUGUCAAACCAAGACCCUGUGACUUUGCUGCAGCUUUUGAAAAAUGUUGCAUGGACUGACCUGUAUCAAAAGGGCUUUUGUACGGCUAAGAUCCAGGAAACAAUGAUAGGUAUCACUGCUGAGCCUGAUGGCUCCAAAAGAAGAAUUCCUCUAUUCAACACUUUGCGUGGCACAUUUUCAGAUGAAGAGAUAAUAUUGGAUCCAAAGACAGCCCAUCCCCAGUUGAAGAUAAACAAGGAGCUUAACGCAGUCAUCGCAACUCGAGAAAAGCGCACGGAAGAGCCUAACUGUGAGCGUUCUAGCAGCUGGUUCUGUGUGCUUGGCGCUGGUGCGUUCAGCACUGGCUUGCACUGCUGGGAGGUGACAGUGAGAGGAAUCCCCUCGUGGGCUGUAGGUGUUGCUUACAGAAGUAUCUCCAGGGAUUCUCCUGACAGUAAGCUCGGGAGCAAUGACAAGUCCUGGGCCCUGUCAUACAGCAAGAGCCAACAGCAAUUCUGCGCACAGCACAACUUGCUCAUGUAUUCGUUCAGUGUUAACAAGACCCCAGACAAAAUAGGGCUGUUUUUAGACAAUGACAGCGGAGUUCUUUCCUUCUAUGAUGCUGACUUGCUUGAAUGCUUGUACACAUUUUAUUGCAGUUUUAAAGCACCCGUAUAUCCUGCCUUUUGUCCCAGAUUUGAAAAGGACACAGAAUUUGUUACUGAAGCAAUGAGGGUACGAAAAAGUAUACUUUUCUAAGCAUGUGUUCUUCUAAGGGAACAGUGAUGGGGUUUUUUUUUUUUUUACACGUUGGAUACAUAUUUUUGUUUACCUUCAUGAAACCAAAAACACUUGCAUA